AUGAGGGCUGGUGGUGGACAGUCCCUUUGUCUCCCAGCCCUGGGUGGACAAAGGGGCUUUCGGAAAGAGAGAAAGAGGAUGGCUAGUGGAAAUGGGCUCCCUCCAUCCUCGGCCCUGGUGGCCAAGCGUCCCUCUGCCCUGGGGCCAUUCCCCAGAUAUGUCUGGAUUCACCAGGACACACCCCAGGAUAGCCUAGACAAGAUUUGCCAUGACAUCUGGAAGAGAGUCCAGGGCUUGCCGGAGUCCCUGCAGCCCAGGACCUCGCUGGAGAAACUCUCCGCGCCAAUGACUGCGACUGUCAGCUUCCAAGAAGAAGCUCUGGAGCUGAGCAGUGGCAAGGACGAGAUCUCCCUGUUGGUGGAGCAGGAGUUCUUGAGUCUCACCAAAGAACAUCUCAUCUUGGUCCAGGAGAGCUCUGGGGAGCUGGCGACACCUAUUGUCACUUCCCAGGGGACCCGAGAGCUGGCUUCUUGCUUUCUUGUGCCUCCUCUGGGGACAGACAGCACUGAAUACCCAGGUUCCCCUAUAUCGGCUGGUGACAAGCUUCAGGAGCAGAAGCUGUCCAUGCCCAUCAGCAGCAGCAGGCAGGACUGUGAUUCGGCCAUGUCUACAGUCACGGGCAUCCUGCAUGCUGCCAAGGUCAAGAGUGUCAAGGGAUCUAAAGACAAGAGUCACAGCCUGGGUGCCUCUAAUUCAGAGAUCAGCAAGCUCCUGGCCCAGUUCCCACUGAAGUCUACUGAAAUGUCCAAGGCCCCUGACAACAAGAUGGUGCUGGAAGAGACCAAGGUCAUUAAGGAUUUCCUGCAGAAUAGCAUGUUCAACGGCUCCGGACCCCUGGAGCCCAUGGGGCUGGGCCCAUCCCUGCUGCUGCCACCGCCACCACCUCCUCCUGCAUCCGCUGACAAGCUCUCUGAGUUCUGUGCUCCGAAAAGGCAGCUCCCAGUGUUUGCCAAGAUCUGCUCCAAGACUGAGGCUGACCCCACUCUUGAGGGCCACCAUUGGAUUGAACGGACCCCUGGUGCCAAAGAGCUGACCAAAGGUCGAGAAAGCCUCUUUCUCAGCCAGUGGCCCCAGAGCCGAAAGGACACCUGUGGUGAGGAGGGUCACAGUGACUCAAUGGGCACCAUCUCAGUGACCCUGCCAACCAAGAAGCCUGUGUGGCCGGCUGAGAAGAACCUGCUUUAUGAGAUUUUUGGGGCCACUAAGAACCCUGGUGGGCAGCUGAGGCUUCGAAGCAAAAUGGAUAUGGAUGGGCUGGAUCUGAAAUUUCACCCACCGACAACGGUGCCGGACAAGAACAACAUUAAGUAUGCUGGGAAUGUUUUUGCCCCACGUUUCACCACAGCCUUGACCUCAGCCACCCUGAACCAGCCGCUCUGGCUCAAUCUGAACUGUCCACCUCCACCCGUGUUCUCCAGCCACUCUACCUUCCCCCAGUAUCAGGGCCUGUACCCACAGCGGUCGACAAGGAUGCCCUACCAGCAACCUGUGCACCCCCCACUGGGGUGCUACUCCAGACAGGUGACACCAUACAACCCACAGCAGAUGGGACAGCAAAUUUUCCGCUCUUCCUACACCCCUCUGAUGAGCUACAUCCCCUUUGUCCAGCCCAACUAUCCAUAUCCUCAGAGGACCCCUCAGAAACUGCCUGCCAACCCCCGAGAUCCUACCCCAAUGGCAGGAGAUGGUCCUCCAUACCUCUUCCCCCAGGGAUAUGGGUUCAACUCACCGUCCAGCGGCCCCCUGAUGAACAGCCCCUAUUUCUCCGCCAGUGGGAAUGGAAUACGCUUUUAGACUUCUUUCUCUCUCCCCACCUCUCUUUGCCCUUGGAUCAGGGCUAAAGAUUCUGGAAUACUGGAUUCUGCAACAGCUUGGUGUGAAGUUUGGAAAGCCAAGGUUCCAACCAGGUGGCCGACAGAAAACAGCAAGACCAGACUCAUCUACUGACCAACACUCACCUGCAUAGCCCCCCUCACAUGUAGCAGACACCACAGACACACCCUCCUCUUCAUAAGACCACACAGGCACCUGUAUUUAGCUAACAUGACUGGUUUUUGUUUUUGUUGUUCUUGGUAAGAUAGAAAGUAAGACACUUAAUUUAGAACGUUUAUAUUUUAUGAUAAAGCUAAGAGCUGCUUGAACAUGCUUGUGCCCAUUCAUUUAUUUUGCUAUGACUUAUGAAAGCUUUGCUGCUCAUUUUCCUCCCACGAGUCUCGGCGUUUCAUCAGACACAGACUGGGGUCUUGGGAAGGUUGCUAUCUACCCGUGGAACCUCAGGGGUCAAAAUCUUGAGCAUUUAUCUUGUUUCUCCUAUGAGUCAGUUAUUCCCCAACAUGUCAGAUUCCACAUUCCUACAAUGGGCGUUAUAC